AUGAUGAUAAAAGAUAAAGUGCAAAAAACUACGGAGUAUAUUAUACUUCAAAAAACACCAAAUAUUAAAAAAUUUUUUCAUGGAAAAUAUUCUGAAAACGUUGAAAGAAAUCCAGCACAAUCAGUUGCAUGUUUUUAUGAUCUUAUUUAUUCAAGUUGUGAGUCUGUUUUUGAAGUACUCGAGUUAAAGGAUUUCUGUGAAACUAAAUUUUUCACAAAAAAAUAA